UUUAUUUUUAAAGAACGCAAUGCAAAUGGCACAGGCUAUGGGACGUGGAGGUAUUGGAGGUGGAGUAGAAAUACGUUUUGAUGAACGUGAAAACGAAGUAAAAAUGGUUCGAAUUUCCGAAAGCGAAAAACACAGAGGGGAGAAACACCACAACAAAAAUGAUGACGAUUCCGCCUCAAACGAGAAUAGUGGUUAUGGAAAAUUUGAUCGUUAUGGGCACCAUGGAGGCUAUGCUGGGGGAAGAUUCAUGGGAAGAGGAGGACGUUCAUUUGGAAGUGGAAUUGGGGGAAGAGGAGGAUUUAUUGGAGGAAUGGGAAGAGGAAGAUUUGGAGGGAGUAGAGGAGCAUAUAGAGGAACAAUGUGA